AUGUUGCUGAAGUCGCUUACGCUGACUACUGCCGGCCUGGCUGCCGCGCACGCUCUCUUGGUCCCUCCCGAGCUUUCCGAACCGCUGCCUCAACUCGACGAUAUCGUCAACGUGUUGCCCGUCGAGGUUCCCAAGAUUGCUCAGAGCCAGACCUUCAACCUGAACUGCCCCGGCUGCCCUCUGUUCCAUCACAGAGGACACCAUGGGUCCUUCCGAAACAAGCACACCAUCCCAAAUCACCUCGAGCUCAGCUUCAACGUUGACCAUGAUACCGGAUCAGACCGGCUGACCGUCAACGGCUUCGAGCUCUAUCCCAACGCCGACCCCUUCAGCGGCACCCUCACCGCCCCCCAGAUCCCCGAUGUCGAGUGGCACCACCGCAACCGGAAGCCCAAGGCCCCCUCGUCACCCUUGACGCCCCAACUGGGCUUCAGCCUACAGGUCAACCAGGAGGCCCGGGAUGAGUCGGAUAAGAUGGAAUUGAUCAAUCUCAACCUGCAGAUCAUUGAGGUCGGGGAAACCUUUGUCGACGGUAUCCAAAACGUUCAGAUCAAGCUUAUCCAGAGCCUCGACGGUGCCCUGAUGAUCGGCGAGAUCCACGCCACCGACUCGCAAACCGCCCACGACAGCCCCAAGGACAAGCAAAAGGAGUGCUCGUCGAUUCUUUGCAAGUGGAGGGCCAUGAUCGCCGACCGCCUCAAGGGUCACUGCCAUGGCAAGUUUGGAAUGGGCCGUAUCGGCCACCACAAGGGCCAUCAUCAUCACAAGGGUCACCACCAUAAGGGCCACCACAAGGGACACCCCAUGAUCAGCGACGAGGAGUUCGCUGGGCGUCCCGAGAAGACCAUGGACGACGAGGUCGCCCAGAUGUACCGUGACCGCAGCUUUGGCCAGCUCCUCCACAAGUUCGCCUCUCACAUCAUCUUCCCCGUGCUUAUCGGCAUUGUCGCCGGUGUGAGUGUGAGCAUUCUCGGCAUGCUCGUCGGCACUUUUAUUGUCGGCACCUGGCGUGUUCUCGUCCGUGGCCAGCCCUUCUUCCGCCGCCGCCACCACUGCCGCCGCCGCGGUACCAGCCACUCUCACCACCGCAAGUCGUCUCGUACCGAGACUGCUUCUGCGGAAGAGAAGUCUGGUCUCAUGGAGGAGCAGGAGGUCGAGGUCGAGGCUCCGCCGGCAUACGACGAGGAGCAGGCCCCCAAGGACGCUGCUUGA